AGAAACCCGAACUCGCCACGUUCUUGCUUCUCCGUUUUCUUUGUUUUAGUCUAUUCUUGUUUCUCCUUUUCCGUUAUCACUCAAAUAGAAUUCGUUUGUUUCCCUCCAUUGCACGUCACGGUUGCGUUGUGCACGGGAGACAACGGUCUUCGAUCUUUUCCUCUUGAAGGUGCUUCCCUUUCCUCCUACAUCGAGUGCCCCUUCAAUCUUUGCUUUUUUUUCCCCGACUAGCUCGCAUUGUCUACGGACCGUGGAAGUGCCAUUGCGGUAGAGCACACACAGACACACGCACCCACUGCCACUCCCCUACGCACCCACGUCCAUCCUGAAAAGCGGCAGCACAAAGGCGUACAUCUCUUGUUGCGGUUGUUCAAACAGUGCAGUCAUUCGCUCAUAAGCGGUCCCGCGGGGUUUUCGUCUCCUGUGCUUUCUGCUUUAUCUCCUUUUGUUAAAAGCAAAUCUCAUUUCGACCUUUCAUAUUUGUGGCUAUCUGGGUUAUCAAUGAGAAGCGAAGCGGUCAAAAACGAAAAUCUACUGUUUCCACUAUCACAAAUGGCUCAAACGACCAUCAAGACAGGUAGCGGGUUUGACGGUGAGGAAGAUCUCCCGUUCAACGUGGCCACGUUCCAAUGUGUCCCACUUCCAAUUGACUCGCGGUACGAUGCGUACGACGAUGAAGAUAUGCCAACCAAUUUGAUGGCCUCCCGCUCCAACGUCCCUGGCAUGACGCCGCAGGAGCUGAUGGCUGCGCACCGCUCAUCCCUUGCGGGGAUAUCAAAUAGGCCCGAUGCUGACAUGCACAGCCUCACCUUGAGCCGCCAUCAGGUGGAGCCCGAGGACAUCUUGCAGGCCUCCAUGGGUGAUAUGCCGGAUGAUGAGUACAACGAAGCUCUCAAGAGCUUCAGGUUUGGCGAAUCCACGGAUGGGGAAUAG